AUAUUGUCCGAUUUUGAGCUAAUAAAACCAGUCCUAUAUUUUCUCCUCCAUUUUUUUUUAUUUUAUUACUACUAUUUGGUAGCUAGGGUUUUCAAUAAUUCUGGUGUCACCGUCUAUCUGCUAAACAGAUUCUUCCAAACCCAAAUCUUUUGCUGAUCUAGCACAGGAGCUUUUAAAAUGUGAUAUCGGAAAGUUGGGAUUUUGAUUUACUUACAGCCUCUGGGAUCGCAGAUUUUUUGGAAUUAGCUGGAAACGAUUUUUUGAAGAAUUGCUGGGAAAAAAAUGAGGUCUUCAUGGGCAGAUGCUGUUGAGAACUCAGCUGGUGGAUCUUCGGAUAAUGCUGGUACAAGUGGUGGGAAUGAACGGCCGUCAGCUGCGGCUAGGUCUGCUUAUGUUCCCCCACACCUUAGGAACAGACCUCCGGCGUCUGAGCCACCUGCUCCAUCAGUUGGUGGACCUCAAUCUUUUAACGAUCGGCCUGGUUCUGGUGGACCCACUAGCGGGUCUCGGUGGGGUGGUGGCAGGUCUGAUUAUGGACGACAAGGGUACGGAGGUGGUGGUGGUCGUGGAAGUGGGGGUUGGGGGGGGAGAGGUGGUUGGGGUGGCAGGGAUCGCGAGGUCAAUCCCUUUGGUAAUGAUGAUGUGGAUGCUGAUGCAGAGCCUGCUUUUAACGAGCAGGAGAAUUCUGGCAUUAACUUUGAUGCCUAUGAGGAUAUCCCUGUUGAGACGAGUGGGGGUAACGUGCCGCCGCCUGUGAAUACCUUUGCAGAGAUUGAUUUGGGGGAUGCACUUAAUUUGAAUAUUCGCAGGUGUAAAUACGUCAAACCAACUCCUGUUCAGCGACAUGCGAUACCCAUUUCGCUAGCUGGACGAGAUUUAAUGGCUUGUGCUCAGACAGGGUCUGGCAAGACAGCCGCCUUUUGCUUCCCAAUUAUUAGUGGUAUUAUGACGGGCAACUUCCCCCAGAGACCACGUGGAGUUCGUACUGUUUUUCCGCUUGCUCUUAUCCUCUCACCUACAAGAGAACUCUCGGUGCAGAUACACGAGGAAGCUAGAAAGUUUUCAUAUCAAACUGGUGUUAGAGUAGUUGUUGCUUAUGGAGGAGCACCAAUAAAUCAGCAGCUACGUGAACUUGAGAGGGGAGUAGACAUUCUGGUGGCAACUCCUGGAAGAUUGGUUGAUUUGCUCGAGAGAGCCAAAGUUUCAUUACAAAUGAUAAGAUACUUGGCUCUUGAUGAGGCAGACAGAAUGCUGGAUAUGGGUUUUGAGCCUCAGAUCCGAAAGAUAGUGGAGCAGAUGGAUAUGCCACCACCUGGUGAAAGACAGACAAUGCUAUUUAGUGCAACCUUUCCAAAAGAGAUCCAGAGAAUGGCAUCAGAUUUUCUUUCAAAUUACAUAUUUUUGGCAGUUGGAAGGGUUGGUUCCAGUACAGACUUAAUUGUUCAGCGAGUUGAAUAUGUUCACGAGAGUGACAAGAGAAGCCAUUUGAUGGAUCUUCUUCAUGCACAAAGGGCAAAUGGAGUUCAAGGGAAGCACGCUCUUACUUUAGUAUUUGUGGAGACAAAAAAAGGAGCUGAUUCUUUGGAACACUGGUUAUGUAUGAAUGGCUUUCCUGCUACUACAAUUCAUGGAGAUAGAACGCAACAGGAGCGAGAGAUGGCAUUAAGAUCAUUCAAGAGUGGAAAUACGCCAAUACUAGUCGCAACUGAUGUGGCAGCUCGCGGUCUUGAUAUCCCGCAUGUUGCUCAUGUCAUCAACUUUGACCUUCCCAAUGACAUUGAUGACUACGUUCACCGCAUAGGACGUACAGGUCGUGCUGGCAAAUCAGGACUGGCGACGGCAUUCUUCAACGAGAACAACACGUCAUUGGCAAAGUCGCUAGCUGAAUUGAUGAAGGAAGCAAAUCAGGAGGUACCCGAUUGGUUGACUCGGUUUGCAGGCCGAGCUUCGUAUGGUAAUAAAGGUAGGCGCGGAGGUGGGCGCUUUGGAGGCCGUGAUUUUAGAAGGGAUUCUUCUUUCAAUAGAGGCCACAGCAGCGGCGACUACCAUGGCGGAGGAGGUGGCGGCGGAAGCAGUGGUGGUUACGGCGGAGGCUACCCCAGUGCCUGGGAUUAGUGCUUUUAACUGUAUGCUUAAUGUUAUGAUGAAGAGUACAUAUGUUUCUGAGUCAAAUUUGAUGAUUAUGAUAUGCUUCCUCAAUGAAAAACAAAAAAUCACUCUUUUUUGACCUAUUUUCUUUUCAUAACUACUGACUUGUGUAAUCCAUAUUGGGAUUACGGCAGAGAUUUUAUAUGGCCGAGUACAUACCUAUUCACUGCUGACAUGCAAAAUGUUGGUUUAUUGUUUGAGUUGAAUCUGGAUUACUGUAUCUUGCUUAUUGCUUGCAUAAGCAAAAUGUGAUCUUUUUGUAUUGAAAUCAUGAAUUCUUGAAGAUUUUUA